GCUGCUGCUGCUCCUGCCGCCGCCGCUGGUGCGACGACGUAAGAUCCACCUCAGCUCAACUCCCCUCGCAUCCCAGCCAGCACUUCCUCACUUCCUCGAGUGGCUGCCCGCCGCACACCGCUUUCUGCUGCUGCCGCUGCCGCCUCCUCCUCCGCCGGGGGGCUUGAUCGAGCCGCAGCUCGGCUUCCCCCGCUCCGGGACUGCGGGCGGGGGGGCUCCCCGGACCCGCCACUCUCCGGGAGGGGCUGGAUGGUUACCCCGGGCAGGCUGGUUCCAGGAUGUUAGGGACCGUGAAAAUGGAAGGGCACGAGACAAGCGAUUGGAACAGCUACUACGCCGACACGCAGGAGGCCUACUCGACUGUGCCCGUGGGCAACAUGAACUCUGGCCUGGGCUCCAUGAACUCCAUGAACACCUACAUGAGCAUGAACGCCAUGACUACCAGCGGCAACAUGACGUCGGGCUCCUUCAACGUGUCCUACGCCAACCCCAGCCUGGGCGCGGGCCUGAGCCCUGGGGCAUCGGGGGGCGCCAUGAACAGCAUGUCCAUGGGCUCGGCGCUCAGCCCCGGCGGCAUGAACGCGAUGGGCAGCCCGCAGGCCUCUCUGAACGGGCUGGGAGCCUACGGGGCCAUGGGCCCUCCGUGCAUGAGCCCCAUGGGGUACGCCGCGCCGUCGCUGAGCCGCGGCGGGCGCGAUGCCAAGAGCUUCAAGCGCAGCUACCCGCACGCCAAGCCGCCCUACUCGUACAUCUCGCUCAUUACCAUGGCCAUCCAGCAGGCGCCCAGCAAGAUGCUCACGCUGAGCGAGAUCUACCAGUGGAUCAUGGACCUGUUCCCCUACUACCGCCAGAACCAGCAGCGCUGGCAGAACUCCAUCCGCCACUCGCUCUCCUUCAACGAUUGCUUCGUCAAGGUGGCGCGCUCGCCGGACAAGCCCGGCAAGGGCUCCUACUGGACGCUGCAUCCGGACUCGGGCAACAUGUUCGAGAACGGCUGCUACCUGCGCCGGCAGAAGCGCUUCAAGUGCGACAAGCAGUCCGGAGGCGGCAAAGCGGGACAAGGUGCCGUCGGGGGAGGUGGUGGUGGUGGUGGUAACGGCAGCGAAGGCAGGAAAGACCCCGGAGGAGGAGGAGGUUCGCCUUUGCACCGAGGCGCCAAAGGAGGCCAGCUAGAGUCCGCCCCUUCGAAUCCCGGCUCGGGCAGCCCGCAAGGCCUGGACCACAGCGGGAGCGGAGCGGAGCUGAAGCCGUCGGCGGCCUCCUCCGCCGCGGCUGCUGCUGCUGCGGCGGCGGCGGCUGCCGCGGCAGCAGUGGCAGCGGCCUCGGUGCCCCCCGGGCCGAGCUUGGCCUCGCUGGGUCACCCGGGCCACUCGCUGGGUCACCACGAGUCUCAGCUGCACCUCAAGGGCGACCCGCACUAUUCCUUCAACCACCCGUUCUCUAUCAACAACCUCAUGUCCUCCUCGGAACAGCAGCACAAGCUGGACUUCAAGGCUUACGAGCAAGCGCUGCAAUAUUCCUCCUACGGGGCCGGGCUGCCGGGAGGGCUGCCUCUGGGCAGCGCGUCCAUGGGCGGCCGGGGAGGCAUUGAGCCCUCGGCCCUGGAGCCGUCCUACUACCAAGGUGUGUAUUCCAGACCCGUCCUAAAUACGUCUUAGCUGGCAGGGACUCGAGGGCGCACCGAGCAGAAAUCUUCCUCCCCAGCAGGGCUGCUUGGUUUUGCCUCUCCCAUCCUCUGGCUUCUCCUAGAUCUCUCAGCCGAAACUGACAGUGCGUUUCCCCCAACAACAUCCCUGCGAGGCGGGGGGAAGCAAAAGGAGAAGGGGAGGGGGGAGAGCAGAAGAAAGGACUGUUACUUUAUUAUUGUUGUUGUUAUUGUUAUUAUUAUUGUAUCCCCGCAAUGCAUCCUGUUUAUUCUAUUUUGGCCUGGAAAGUCCAGCAAAUCGCAGCCAACUCCGCAAACAGACACUGUAUAUACCGCCCACCUUCCCUUGCCAUGACCACGAAAGAAAGAUUGAUUUCCAACCUGUAAAUUAUUAUUACUAUUACUAUUACUAUUAUUAUUAUUAUGGGUGGAUUCCUCCCCCCCCCCACUUUAACCUUCUUCAGUGUAAUCUCACCAGAUUUAGUACCUUAACCAAUAAAAGCAGACCUACGAAGAUGCCUUAUUCUCGUGAGUCAGACCUCUGGCUGCCUUGCUCCUGCAAGGUCUCAAGACUGAGCUAUUCCAAGUCCCCCCCCCCCCCCAAU